CCCAGUGCAAAUACUUGCUGAGCGAGUCUAAUAUGUUUCUGCUUGCUUUCAGUUUGCUGACUAUGUGAAUGGUUUGGAAUAAAGAGCUGCGAUGGGACAAAACACUUGGCAUGCUGUCACCAUCACCAUUUUGGGGCAUCAGGAAAGAAUGCAAAGUAAAAUGAAUUACAGUCUUUCAGCACUGUAUGUAGGUGAUCUGCACCCAGAAGUGACAGAGUCCAUGCUGGUGGAGGAGUUCAGCUCUGCAGGCCAUGUUCACUCUGUCCGGGUCUGCAGGAAAUGGAAUAACGGCGUUUCAAUUAACCAUGCAUUCGUCAACUUUUACAAACAAGCCGAUGCUGAGCGAGCAUUGGCAACUCUUAAUUGUAAGCUCCUUAUGGGGUGGCCCAUGAGAGUCAUGUGGUCUCAGAGGGAUUCCACCUUGAGGAAGAGCGCCGUCGGGAACUUGUUCAUCAGAAACUUGGACAUGACGACGAUUGACAGCAUGGCCCUUUUUGACCUCUUUUCGGUUUUUGGGAAUGUCCUGUCAUGCAAGGUUGUCGCUUACAAGACAGGAACAAAAGGGUACGGCUACGUCCAGUUUGAGUCUCCAGAGGCGGCGAAUGUGGCGAAGGAGAGACUUGACGGCAAACUUUUCAACGACCAUAAAGUCUCCAUCGAACACUUUAAGUCCCGUAAGGAGCGCAAGGCUGAAGGGAACCGCCACACUCAGUUCCACCUGCAACCAGCUCAAGCUCCAGAUGUGGUGGAGAAACCAGCUUCAGCUAAACAUCCAGCUGUGGAAGAGAAACCAGCUCAAGUUGCAGCUGUGGAAGACAAACGAGCUCGAGCUCAAGUUCCAGCUGUGGACGAGAAACCAGUUCAAACUUCAGUUAAAGUGCCGUCAGCAUCUGAUGUACCGAUGGCUCCUCCACCUCAAAAGCGCUUGACCAUCUAUAUGUUGGAGUCUGCCGAUUUUGAAAUGCAGAUAGAGAUGGCUCAUGAUCACCUGUUACCUCUGGUUGAGAAAAUACACCCAAAUGAUGCAAAUAAAAUUUCAUGGUUGCUGGUGCAGAGUGAAAAUAACUUUAAUAUCAUUAACAUGAUUGCAGAUCCUGAUGUCCUGCGUGCCAAAGUGGAUAAAAUGGAUAUGUUCCUAAAGGCAGGAGAAGCAGGAGUCAAGCCGGUGAGUAUCUUUCCUUAA